AUGAGCCAACCUCCGACGCAGGGACCUGCGGCGGGUGCGGCACCUGGCUCGGCCACCGAUUCAAGGAGCCAUCCGCUCCCGCCCGACCCGCACGGUGCCACUGUGACCUUCCAGACCCCUGAUCACCCCGUGCGACCGACGCCGUCGAGUGACAACUUGAAUGGAUCACGCGGCCCCGGCCUUUUUCGCGGCUCGAGCCUGAGACAGAACCGCGAUAUCGAGUCCGGUACAGACUCAGGAAUCGGCCGCAAAAAGUCUCUUGUGCGCCCUGAGCGCGCUCGUGCUGAUCCUAACCACCGACAGUGGCACUACCGGAACCAUGCCAUGCAGAUGGAUCAGAAUCACAACUCCAAAGUCAUGUACAUGCCAUCCUCCACUGGACAUAUGCCCCGGCAUGGCGCUGCUGACGGCGAUGGCGCUGAUAUGUCGCAUUUUCAGGGCCCUGGACACGGUGUCAGUGGCUACGGUGUCACUGGCCCCAAUGCCCCGCCGCCAACGACCGCACGCCACCCGCAACUGCGCCGCGGUAAGUCGUUCCUUGGCCGCAACGAGGACAAGGUCGAAUCAGGUAUCAACUUUUUGCGCCGCGGCGUCAGUAUGCGAAGGACAGCGCCGGGGAACCCGGAUAUGGCCGUGACCGAGGAUAAGGAGCCCCCGCCCAAGGACGGCUGUAUGGACUGGAUCGCACCGGGUCCCGUGGGCCCGUGGAUGAUCUACUCAUGGCUCGUCACCUGCUGCUUUACGGGCGGCUGCUUGAGCCUCGUUGGUAUCAAAACGCCCGAACAGCAACGCGCAUGGCGUGAGAAAAUGGGUCUUAUCAGCAUUAUCUUGGUGCUCAUGGCUAUUGUCGGUUACAUUACGUUCGGUUUCACACAGACUGUAUGUGGUGUCCAGAACCGCUAUGAUAUGAGAGAUGUGUAUUAUUCUGGUUCUGAAACAUCAGCUGUCUUGGUCGGUGGAAAAAUGAUGACGCUUGACAACUGGAAACACCCUCCUUUCCCUGGCAUUGAAAACUACGGUAGUUUGGGCAGGGUACCGCCAACCUAUGACUAUAUGUUUUCGGCGGGGUACGGUGCAGAUCUGAACUUGAUUUUCCCUGUCACAGGCGGUGUUUGCGACGGAGUCCUUUCCGUCGUAGAAGGCUCUAAUCCACCGCGCUACGCGGAAUGCACGCUUCUGGCCACCCGUCUCGAACCGGGCUCUCGAAUCUAUACGGAACCGAAAAUGUGCCAUCCCCCCGAAAUUCGAGAAAAGUUUUUGAGCGGUCGCGUGCCUAAGGCACCCGCAAUGGGUGAUGCCUAUAUUCGCUGGGAGGAUAUGAAAAACAAUACGAAUAUAACCAAUCUUCUAUUCUGGCGCAAUCAUGUGGUUGACCUUAGAGUCCUUGACGCCAUUGAUCCACCGCAAAUCCAGUCGGACUUCAUCCAGAAUCUUAAAGGAAAUCAAUCCUUCCGCGAUCUAUGGCGCUUUGGUGAUGUUACGAUGCAAGGUAUGCGUGCUGGUCAUACGAAAGAUCUCGACUGUCUUGCAUUGAUUGGUAAUAUCGCCAGUGUCGAUGUAAAGUCGUACGGGUGUAUCGCCUCACAAGUGGAGCUGGUGCUCUCGAUGAUUUUCAUUGUCGGUGCCGUGGCCAUCAAGUUCUUGAUGGCUGUAGCGUUUGCAUGGUUCCUAUCGUGGCGUAUUGGUAAUUACGAUAAUGAGUCGUAUGCACAGCGCAUGAAGCGCAUGAACGAGAUUGAGGACUGGUCCGUGGAUAUAUACCGCCCCGCGCCGGCCGGCUACCGCCCGAAUGUGAAAAAGACGUUCCUGCCGAAGACAAGCCGCUUCGGGAACCCGUACCAGAAGCCGCUGCCGAAGCCGACGACAAUGGAGCGUAAGCUCGCUGCGGCGCGCAUGGGCAACGUCUCGGCGAUGAGUUCGCCGCCCAGCUCGCCCAUGCUAGCGGCAGGACGCAGCUCGGCAUCGCUACAGCCGAUGCUGCCGACGUCGCAGUCGUCGCGGAGCUCGAGCUCGAGCAACAACUCGCCCUGGGGCCCCUGUCCGUUCCCGCUGUACAACGUGGUGCCGCAGCCGCCGUCGUCGUACCAGCCCUUCAACUUCCCCCUGAUCCACUCGAUCUGUCUGGUGACGGCCUACUCGGAGUCGUUCGAGGGUCUGCGUACGACGCUAGACAGUCUUGCGACAACCAAUUACCCCAACAGCCACAAGCUGCUGCUGGUCGUGGCGGAUGGUAUUGUGAAGGGUGCCGACUCGGAUAUUUCCACGCCAGACAUUUGUCUGUCGAUGAUGAAGGACCUGCUCGUUGCACCAGAGGAAGUCGAGGGCUACUCGUAUGUGGCCAUUGCCGACGGUACCAAGCGCCACAACAUGGCCAAGGUCUAUGCUGGCUUUUAUGACUACGACGACCAGACCGUGGAGCGCUCGAAGCAGCAGCGUGUGCCCAUGAUCCUGGUCGCCAAGUGUGGUACGAUCUUGGAGAUGGACAGCGCGAAGCCGGGCAACCGUGGUAAGCGUGACUCGCAGGUGAUGCUCAUGGCGUUCAUGCAAAAGGUUCUCUUCGAUGAGCGCAUGACGCAGUUUGAGUACGAGUUCUUCAACUCGAUCUGGCGCGUCUCGGGCGUCACGGCCGACCAGUAUGAGAUCGUGCUCAUGGUGGACGCCGACACGAAGGUGUUCCCUGACUCGCUCACGCGCAUGGCUGCGGCCAUGGUCGAGGACCCUGAGAUUAUGGGUCUCUGUGGUGAGACCAAGAUUGCGAACAAGGCGCAGUCGUGGGUGACGAUGAUCCAAGUGUUUGAGUACUAUAUCUCGCACCACCAGACCAAGGGCUUUGAGGCCUGCUUUGGUGGUGUCACAUGUUUGCCCGGCUGUUUCAGUGCGUACCGUAUCAAGGCGCCGAAGGGGCCGAAGGGCUUUUACGUGCCGAUUCUGGCGAACCCCGAUAUUGUGGAGCACUACUCGGAGAACGUGGUCGAUACGCUGCACAAGAAGAACCUGCUGCUGCUCGGUGAGGACCGGUAUCUGACGACGCUUAUGCUCAAGACAUUCCCUAAGCGCAAGAUGAUGUUCCAGCCGGCAGCCGUGUGUAAGACGAUUGUGCCUGACUCGUUCCGUGUGCUGCGUUCGCAGCGUCGUCGCUGGAUUAACUCGACCGUGCACAACCUGUUCGAGCUGAUCCAGGUGCGUGACCUGUGUGGUACGUUUUGUUUCUCGAUGCGCUUCGUCGUGUUUAUGGACCUCGUCGGUACGCUUGUGCUACCUGCCGCGCUGGCUUUCACGCUGUUCGUCGUUGUUCGUGCCAUUCAGAUCCCCAUUCAGAACGCGCAGAGGGCGAAAGACCCGGGCAGGCAGGAUGCCACCGGCGAAGAGUUCCCUCUAAUGCCCCUGGUCCUUCUCGCGCUGAUUCUGGGUCUGCCUGGUGUGCUGAUCGUCAUUACCAGUCGCCGCUUCAUGUAUGUGCUUUGGAUGUUGGUCUACCUCAUUUCCCUUCCGGUUUGGAACUUGAUCCUGCCGACCUACGCGUUCUGGCACAUGGACGACUUCUCGUGGGGUGCGACGCGUGUUGUGCAGGGCGAGAAGAAGGGCGAGAGCCACGGCGAUGCGGAGGGCGAGUUUGACGCUACCGAGAUCACCAUGAAGCGCUGGAUCGAGUAUGAGCGCGAGCGCCGCUGGCGCUCGGGCAACGAGUCGCGCGAUACACCGAGCGACCCUGACAGUGCGUUUGGUCCAUCCAAGAGCGGUCUGGACGAGACGGUCCCUGCGAGCGCCUCGACCACGAUGUCACCCGAGGUGCCCGUGCCCCGCGGUCGCAAUGAAUCGGUGCCGCUGCUCGAGCUACCUGCGCCGCUCGGCCAGCGACAGGGGGGCAAUGCGCCCAACUCGAUGGCCGUGGGCUUCGCGCGUCCGCCGCCUGGCCCGUCGCCGGCUGGGCGCCCUCUGGGGCCUUCGAGCACCGGUAAUGCGGGCUUUGCGCCGAUGGGUUUGCGACCCCCUCAUCCACCAUCGAUGUCGGGCCGUGGACCGGCGCCACUCGGUACGGGCGUGGUGCCUACAUCAGACCCCCAGGCCUCGGCCAUGGCGCGGCAGCACCUGUUUGGUGCGACGCCCACGAGCGCAGCACGCCCGCCGAUGCCGAUGCGGCCACCAGGCGCGAUGUCGCCGCCGACCUCGCCGCCGCCGCAGUCCACGGCGCCCAACCCGUGGGCAUCCAUGUCUCCCCGCCCCCGCAUGCCUCCGAACCAACCGCAGGGCGCUCCGACGAUGCGGCCUGUGACGUCCUCGGCCCAGCCGAAUUCGGUGCCCUCGAGUGUCCAGCGCAUCAGCCUGGUGGACGAUGGACCGGUGACUAGCAGUGGCCCUGUGCGGCAGGUGGUGCGUGGUGCGCGACGGCAGUCGCAGAUGGGUGCGCCGCCUUCCUCCAACCCAUUUGCUCCGCGCCCGCAAUAG